AUGAUUAGACAGCACGCCUUGCGGCGCGCCGUUCUGGCACUUUUACUAUUAUCAUUGCGCAUCGCUGGAGGCCUAUCGCAUCGCAUUCCGCGCAACAGCAACGUUUCUUCGUUCCAUCCACUUCGUUGUGAUGGGCGUUAUCAAUACGCCUUCUCUUUCUUAGACAGGUUUCGCCGAUCGCUUGACCGGGCUCGGGUGGAGGGUUACGUGCGGGAAGUCAACAUUCUUUUGCAACAACGCCCAGUAAUAGAGCGCCUGCUUGUUGUGUUGGAACUUGGUGAACCAUUUUCGCGUUCUUGCCGUUCAGCGGAUGGCAGCCAUAUGCUGCCUGGCAACAGCGAUAAAGCAUCGUUGCCUGAGAGCAUUUUGGCACAACUCACGGACCGUGAUGUCUCAGUUCCAUGGCAGUUUUUAAUACAGAAAGUACACCGGUCAAAGCUGGCAUCAGAUUCCUCACCAACUGUCUCAGGCUUACCGAGCACGAAGGAUGAUCUAUUUACCAAGGACGAUGGACAUAAGGAACGUCUAGCAUGUUCUUCACUGGACUUUAGGCCACAGGAUAACUUUAUUUUCCUGCCACGUUGGAUGAUGGAAUCAUUGGAGUUGCAGCCUUAUGACGUAGUAUACCUAACGCAAUUGAAACUAAAUGAUGCUACUUUCGUGAGACUUGCACCAAUAGAGCAGUCGUUCUUCUCACUGCCGGCGCCUAAGGCAGUGCUUGAGGAGCACUUGAAGCACUAUUCAACGCUAACUAGAGGAUCGACCAUUCAGAUCACUCAUGAGGGAGUUACCUAUCACUUAAAAGUGUUACGUAUCGAAACUGAGGAUUGCAAGGAUGCAGAGUGUGCAUCCAUUCAGGAUACUGAUGUGUCUACAGAUUUGGUCAAACUGCAGUGA